AUGGCGUUCUUAGUUCUCUUCGGGGGACUGAUAUUCCUAGUCCGUCUUGCCACGGCGCUGAACAAUGGCCUUGCCGUGACUCCUCAAAUGGGAUGGGAUGACUGGAAUGCAUUUGGUUGUAGUCUUAGUCAGAGUCUGAUCCUCUCUACGGCCAGCGUCAUAAAAAAUACUGGAUUAAGGGACCUGGGCUAUCACUACAUCAUUCUGGAUGAUUGUUGGUCUUCUGGUCGUGGAUCGGAUGGGGCUCUCAUUCCAGAUACCACUAAGUUUCCCAACGGAAUGAGCUAUCUAGGCGCCCAACUUCACGCAGACAGCUUUGGCUUUGGAAUCUAUUCGAGCGCCGGCACAAAGACGUUUCUCACGUGGCAGCGAGAAAAGUGUGCCGGAUACCCCGGCAGCUUAGGUUACGAAACAAUCGACGCGAACACGUUCGCCAGCUGGGGCGUGGAUUAUCUGAAAUAUGACAAUUGCAACAAUAAUGGGGAAGCUGGAAGUCAAGCCGCCAGCUCUGAUCGAUACGAAGCGAUGGAACAAGCGCUCGCAGCAAGUGGCCGACAGAUUCUUUAUGCCAUCUGCAAUUGGGGUCAAGACCAACCUUGGGUCUGGGGUCCAUCCGUGGGAAAUUCCUGGAGGAUAACAGGUGAUAUUUCCGAUAACUUCAAUACGGGCAAUUCGGCCUGUGCGGUCCCAAAUUACGGGGGAUAUGAGUGUUCUGUGACCCAGAUCAUGUCCAUGCAAGCAACGAUCUCAUCGUACUCGGUCAAAGGCGGCUGGAACGACCUGGAUAUGCUAGAGGUCGGCAACGGUGGAAUGUCUGAUUCGGAAUAUGUGGCACAUUUUAGCAUGUGGUCCGUCUCGAAAAGCCCACUCAUUAUGGGCAACGACAUGUCGAAGUUGACUGCCAGCGCCUAUUCCAUCCUGGCAAAUCCGGCCAUUAUCGCCGUCAACCAAGACCCCCUAGGAGUGGCCGCGACGUACCGAUGGACGCGCAAUAACGUGCAGUUAUGGAGUGGCCCUCUGGUAUCCACCACUGGAAGCUCAAUCAACGAUGUCGUUGUCGUCUUAUUUAACAACGGAGGCUCAAGCACGACGGCAUCUGCCACCCUUUCCGACAUCUUUGGUUCAUUGAAGGUUCCACUAUCUCAAUUCGAAAUCCGGGACCUGUGGGCAUCUCGACUCAAUGACAGCCAAGCACAGGCGAUUCUCAAUGACGGUGCGACCGCACAUCCGUCUUGGUUUUAUAACGCAACUGCUCAAAGCUAUUCGACUGGUCUCUCCCAGGGGAAUUCGAUGCUGCUGGGGGGGGUUAUCGGGACGGUGUCCGGAGCCGCGGGGACCAUUUCUCAGUCGAUUCCCGGGACGGGAUGUCGGGUUUUCCGCCUACGUGCCAUCUCAGGCACUGCCACCACCACCACUACAUCCGCGUCGUCGGCAACGGGUUCGUCGACCCAGCCUCAACAGACAAAAUGGGGACAAUGCGGUGGCCAAGGUUGGACUGGACAGACUCAAUGUGUACCCCCAUCAACCUGUCAAGCGCAGAACCGUAAGUGUUUGCCCUCGGGACCAAUUGGACAUUGCCUUACAUACAUACUAACUGAAUGCUUCGUCAUUCUCCCAGAGUGGUACUCCCAGUGCCUUUGA